CUGGGAACCUCCGCGUCUCUCUCCCCUCUCUCUGGGGGCGCUUGUGGGGCGGCGUACAUGGGCUCCGCGGGGCUCCCCCUGAUGCUGCUGCUGGCGGGGGCGCUGGCCCGGAUCCCCGGAAGCGAAGCGGGGAAGGAGACCCCCGUCCAUUUCCUGUACCAGACGAAGCACGAAUGCAGCUUCAUCAACGGGACGCGGCGGGUGCGGUUCCUACAGCGCUACAUCUACGACCGGGAGGAGUAUCUCCGCUUCGACAGCGCCCGCGGGGAGUUCGAGGCCGUCACGGCGUUGGGGAAGGUCGAUGCCCGGGCUUGGAACAGGAAUCAGCGCCUCCUGCUGGACGCGAAGGCCUCCGUGGAUUACUUCUGCCGGGCCAACUGCGAGGCUCUCCAGGGCGGCGCCGUGAUUGGCCGGAGGGAUCUUAGUGAAAAGCUUAAAUCUGAUUUUAUACUAUUUCUGCCCAAGCAACUACAUUAGCUGGAAGACAUCAGUGGCAAAGUAAUCACUACAAUAAAUAAAUAAACCGAAAGGGAAGAAUGAGACUGUGUGAAAUUAUAGAAUUAUAGCACAAAUUGUAGCAAAUUAUAGCACAAAGUCCAGAAGCAGUAUCCAAGUACAAACAAAAGUACUUAUAUUCUUUUCUUUUAUCA